AACUUGAACGCAACACUCUUGUGUCAGUCCAGCAGGCAGGGGAGACUCACGGAGAGGCCAGGCCGUCUUAUCAGCGCUGUCCUCCCCCUCUCGGCCGGCUCUAUCGCCCCGCAACCAUCUGCGAGCAAGACGCCUCUCCUUCCGCUUCUGUUGUUGUGUUUCGUGGGGGUAAGAAGAUGUCCAGACGUAAACUUGGAAGCCGACCGCAGCACCUGAGUGCAAUUCACGAAGCGGAGGACACGGUGGAUGAAAGCGGCCCGCCACAAAAUCAUCCUCCGGGUCGGCAGAUCCCCGCCGUUGGCGGGGCUCGUGACCUUUUGACCUGCGGCCAGUGCAGCCAGGCCUUCCCCCUGGCGCACAUCCUGGCCUUCAUCCAGCACAAACAGGGCGGCUGUCUGUCUGGCAACCAGAGGGCCAGCGCCAACGCCGCGCCGCCCUCACCUGCCCAUCGGGCGCAGCAUCGACAACAGCGACACGGUGCCGCCGCGCUGGGACCGGGGUUCAUCGAGCUAAGAAGGGAGGAGGCCCAGAGGGACCCGACCUGGGGGGCGGAGCUUGGUGUGAAGGUGAAGGCGGAGCCCAGCAAAGCAGCGCCCGAGGAGCCCUCCUACUUCACCUGCCUGCAGUGUGAGAGCGUGCACGCCUCAGCGUGGGCGCUGUUGCAACACGCCCAGCACACGCACUCCUUCAGCAUCUACCUGGAGGAGGACGAGGACGAUGUCAGAGCAUCAGGGGGUCCUCGGGGGAAUCCGCCGGUGGCGGCCACACUGGACCCGCGCCACCUGAGCCAGGCCCUCACCUCCGCCUUCCAGCCAUCCGCCCUCCGUCUCGGUCGGCCUCGCCAGACGCACGUUGUCCUUGCCCCUUCCGACCUGCAGGCUCUGAACUUCUCCGAGCGGCUGCGGGAACUGGCCGAGGGCAACAAUAACAACAGCAACAACCCAUUGGGAGACGUGAUGCCGUCGCCCUCCUCGUCCCCACCGGCGGCGUCCCCCUUCCCCCAAACCGGCGUCGUUCACUGCGAAAUGUGUGACCACAGCUUCCAGUCUCAGCGUGCCCUCUCCGCCCACUUCCGGACUCACACCUGCCAGAGGCCGUACCACUGCGGCGUGUGCGGCCAAGCGUUCUCUCAGAGCGGCCAGCUCGCGCGCCACAUCAGGAACCACCACCGCGAGGCCGCAGGUGGAGGGGGCGGGUUUGAACCUGCGGACAUGGUGGUGACGGAGGGCGCCAGAGGGAGGUUUCAAUCGCAGCCAGGAAAGGUGGCGAUGGACAUGAGAGCACAGGGCGCCUCAGAGUUGGACAUGACGAAGCACCCCGCCAUUGCUUCCGCCCCGAUGUUGCUGCCCUCGCAGGCCCGACCUGCGGACAGACCGCUGCUGAGGCUUUACCAGACCCAGAGGGACGGCGGCGGCGGCGAGGAGGAGGCGGAGGGACAGGGGGAGCCCCGGCAUGCCUCGCCCUGUGCCAGCCCCUCAGAGGGCUCCCUGGAAAGUGGCGAAACCGGGGGCAGUGGCGAGAGCGGCAUCGCCAGCGGAAACUGCACACCCAAACGCCCCGAGAUGAGCGAACGGGCGCGAGGCAUUGGCGAGUGGGAGACGGAGCGGGCGGAGAUCACUGACUUCAGUUCGGCGAAGGUCAGCGAGGCGGUGCAGGAGUGGCAGAGAGAGAACGAGCGCAGGAGCGGCAGCGCCGGAGGAGGCGGCACCGGCGUGACCUCCGGCUCCUCCGCCAAGAAGAAGAAAGACGAGGCCUGCGAGUACUGCGGCAAACAGUUUCGCAACAGCAGCAACCUGACCGUGCAUCGCCGCAGCCACACCGGCGAGCGGCCGUACCGCUGCGGCCUCUGCAACUACGCCUGCGCGCAGAGCUCCAAGCUCACGCGCCACAUGAAGACGCACGGCGCCCAGGGAGCCAAGGCGCCGUUUCUCUGCCAGCUCUGCGCCGUGCCGUUCACUGUGUACGCCACCUUGGAGAAGCACCUGAAGAAGGUGCACGGUUUGAGCCACGCCAGCGUAGGCGCCUACGCCCAGGCUAGUGCCGCCGACACUUUGGCUGCCAUGAAGGCUGAAGAGGCGGCGGCGGCGGUCGUCGUAAAGAUGGAGGAGGAAGAAGCCAGUUUGGAUCAGAUGGAAAUGCAGGGUGCAGUAAACAUGGAGAAGGAAGGACAUAGCCAGGAGGGGAGCAGAGGAAGUCCAAAUAUGGUGGCCUUGACUCCUGCACCCUGAGACCUUUACAAUAAACUCUGUACAGGACUGGAGUAGCCCUUCAAAAUAAAACCCAUUGAACUGACAAACCCGUAGAAAGUAGCAGAACUGAAGCAGAAACUCAUAUGCAAAAAGCUGCAGGCUGAAAACAAAAGUGCCUACUUGAGACCGCAGAACAAAACAGGACAUUCAACCGGGGGCAUUACCAGCGCUGUGGAACAGGAAGUGAGCUGCCACAGUCCACGCCACCACAGGAAACCCCACACACACAUUGUCACGCUGCAAACGACUCAAUCGAGCGACUCGUCUCUUCACUGGACCGGACAGGUGACGACGGCCACAGACCGUCGUGGAGACAAAUGAACAAUAUGGUGGCGGAUAGAAACAAGGAAGGUCUUCUCUUUUAACGACUUGGAAUGAAAGCAAACAUUGUCUGUCUGCAGUUUGUCAACCUGGGCUCUUUUUUUUUUAUUUUAUUUUAAGGCGCUUGUCACUUAAGGUCAUGUUUACAGGGCUCGCAGGGGCCCAGCAAGGUUGUGUCAGACAGACGUUCUCAUGAGCGAGGAUCCACAGGAUGACUUUCUAUGCAUACCAACUGUACUUGGCCCACCUAUAACGUGUGAAACGGGUGUAAAUUAUGUUUCUGUCGGGUGUCCUUUAUUUUGUCCGCUGUUGUUUACAUUUGUAAAAUGUCCAACCGCUUAAGAGACUUUGUGUAUUUUUCUAACGCUUUCUAAUUUAUGAAUGCAGCACCUUGAUGGUUGGCUACCAGAGUGGUGAGGCCCACUUUGGUUGAUUGGAGCACUUCGGAGAGUUUGAAUGUUUUGUGUGUCUUCUGCUUGUCCCGUGAUCUUGUGUCCAAAGCAUGACUUUUCCCGGUCAUAACUGCCAUGUCCGUGGCUCGGUUUUGUGACCAAAACUCAUCAAGUCCAGAGCGCCACCAACUCAUUAUGUGAUUUUCCAUUUUUUUCGCUUAUCCGUAUCAGGGACACCAAAAGAAAUGUGUGUUGUGUAAAAGCAGUGUAACUGUUCAGGGAUCACGUGUUGUACAUAGACUGACAAUCGUUGCUGUUGUUAUUACUGUUGUUAUUAUAUUAUAACUAACUGCCUGUCACUGUUACAUCUUCUCCUGUCCAUUGUCUUCCUUUUUAGGCUCGACACUCCAUUUUACAAUCUUGUCCUGAUGAGCCUUAAUAAAGAGCUGAGGUGUA